AUGGGUGGGAAAAUUGACAGAACUAUUAACAACGGAACAUCGCCGCCUAUAUUCCGUAUAAAUGGUCAAAAUUUUCAUCGGAUUGGAAGCUUAUUACCUUCAGAUGGCAUUCAACCGAAGUUUGCCCAAUUAUACAUUCACGAUACAGAGAAUGAGAUAGAAAAUCGAUUAAACUCUCUGAGGGCCGAAAACAAUGGUUCUGCAUUGCAUAGUGAGGUAGUAAAUGACAUUAAACAAGUGCUUGAUGAACACAAUGUGUUGGUUAAGUCAUUCCGAAUGGCCAAGUCGUUUCUGGAGUCUAAUCCUCAAACGCAAAUUAGAAUGAGAUUAAUAGGGAAGAGGACUAAAGAUGCCAGGACUUAUGCGUUACCGACUACUUCCGAGGUUGCUGCACUGAUUGUUGGGGAUAUAGACCCGUACAUGGGUCAACGGGAUAUUGUUGUCGAGUGUAGGUCUGGAGCGCUUAAACGAAUAAAUGAAUUAAACCCGGCAUAUUUACCAUUGCAAUACCCAAUCUUAUUUCCAUACGGGGAGGAUGGUUUUCGAGAAGAUAUACAUUUUGCAACACUUGGUACAAAACAAGAUUUUGCCAGAAAGAGUGUUUCACAAAGAGAGUACUUCGCGUUCCGUAUCCACGAAAGAUCAAAUGAGGUCUCAACAAUAAUGUAUGCUAAAAGGUUAUUCCAACAAUUCUUGGUUGAUGCGUAUACUAUGGUCGAGUCUUCGAGGUUGCUCUAUAUUAGGUCAAAUCAAAAAGCUUUGAGGUGUGAGGCGUACAAAGGGCUGUCUGAUGCGCUUACGCGCGGUGAAGUUCAACCCAGCUCGACAGGGAAAAGAAUAAUAUUACCAUCAAGUUUCACCGGAGGAGCAAGAUACAUGAUACAGAACUAUCAAGACGCCAUGGCAAUUUGCAGAUUCAUAGGUUAUCCAAAUCUUUUUAUUACAUUUACAUGUAAUCCUAAAUGGCCCGAGAUACAACGAUUCGUGGAGAAAAGAAACUUGAAAGCGGAAGAUCGUCCCGACAUUGUCUGCCGUGUUUUCAAACUUAAGCUAGACUGUUUAAUCAAAGAAAUAAAAAAUGGGAAACUAUUUGGUCGUGUAAAGGCAGUAAUAUACACGAUUGAAUUUCAAAAGCGUGGUCUGCCGCAUGCGCAUAUAUUAUUGUUCCUUCAAGCGACCAUCGACUUUGCCGAUCCGGCUUUUAUGGACACGAUCAUUUCAGCCGAGAUUCCCGACAAGCAUUCAGACAUUGAGUAUUACCAAGCUGUCGAAGAAUUCAUGUUGCACGGCCCAUGCGGUGUUGCAAGAAUUAAAUCCCCGUGCAUGGCAAAUGGGAAGUGUUCAAAGCAUUUUCCAAAAAGAUACAUUGAUGCAUCACAUUUUGACCAAGAUGGUUACCCGUUGUACCGAAGAAGGGAUGAUAAGAAGACAAUAAAAAAGAAUGGAAUAGAGUUGGAUAAUAGAUAUGUUGUACCACAUAAUAGGUACUUGCUUUUGAAAUACAAAGCUCACAUUAAUGUAGAGUGGUGUAACCAAUCUCGGUCAAUCAAGUAUCUCUUCAAGUACGUCAACAAGGGCAAUGACCGUGUAACUGCUGAGUUCUAUAAGACUUCGAUGGACGAAGCGGGUAAUGAGAUUGUGGAUGAGAUAAACAUGUACUAUGAUUGCAGAUAUGUAUCUGCAUGUGAAGCAGCUUGGCGAUUGUUUAGUUUUGAAAUACAGUAUAGGACACCCCCUGUUGAGCGAUUAAGCUUCCACUUACCUGAUUGUCAAUCAGUUGUUUUCCAAGACGAUGAUAGCAUUGAUAAUGUACUAAAUAGAGAAACAGUUGGUCAAAAUUUGGUUUUAACAGUAGAGGAGAAAAAGAACUUUGGAUUAUUGGAAUUGGAACACCUUUUGGGUCAACAGAACAAAUCCUUAAAUGAUUUUCCUCCGAUGCCCACACCAAGUACCGAUAAUACAAGGUUGUUUCAAAAUCGACUGGUGUUUGAAGAACUGAAUUACAAUUCAGAACAAUUGAAGGCAGAUUCUGAAAUGAUGUUUUCCAAACUAACAGAAGAACAAAGGCUCAUUUUCAAUACUGUUACGCAAGAUAUUGAAAGCAAUAAAGGUGGAUUAUUUUUUGUAUAUGGAUAUGGUGGUACCAGAAAGACUUUUUUAUGGAGAGCAUUGUCUGCUUCAAUUCGUUCCAAAGGACAGAUCGUUUUAAAUGUCGCAUCAAGUGGCAUAGCUUCUUUGUUGUUACCAGGUGGCCGAACAGCUCACUCUAGAUUUGCAAUACCUAUUUCAAUAAAUGAGGACUCUACGUGUAACAUUAAACAGGGUGGCGACUUGGCUGAAUUGUUGAUAAAAACGAGUUUGAUAAUUUGGGACGAAGCUCCAAUGAUGCACAAACAUUGCUUUGAAGCGUUAGAUCGAACCAUGCGAGAUUUACUGCGUUUUGCUGACAGUAACAGUGAGAUGAAGACGUUUGGUGGUAAAACCGUGGUACUGGGUGGAGAUUUCCGGCAAAUUCUCCCAGUUGUUCCAAAAGGUUCACGUCAAGACAUUGUUUCAUCCGCUAUAAAUGCAUCAUAUUUAUGGGAUAGUUGCAAAGUUUUGAGAUUGACGAAAAACCUACGGCUAAGUUCGGCUAGCAGUUCUGGUAAUAGGCAGUCAUUGACAGAGUUCGCUAACUGGAUUGCCAAUAUCGGAGAUGGGAAGAUUGGAGGCAGGAAUGACGGGAUGGCAGAAGUCCAAAUACCUAACCACAUGUUAGUAUCCCCCGGGACCGACGACAUUAAAGCAAUUGUUGAAAGUACAUUUCCAAUGUUUGCAGUUGGAAAUACUGACCCAGAGUAUUUGAUAGGUCGUGCUAUACUUGCACCAACGCUGGACGUUGUCCAUGCAGUUAAUGAAUAUAUGACUGAGCUGCAUGAUGCCGAAAGUAGGUUCUACUAUAGUUCAGACGCAGUAUGCAAAGCCGACGGUGAUAAUGGGAUACUUGGAGAUGUACACACCCCGGAAUUCCUAAACAGCAUCCGUGUGUCGGGUCUACCAAACCAUACACUGAAUUUGAAAAUUGGAUCACCAGUAAUGCUAAUGAGGAAUAUUGAUCAUUCUAUUGGGUUGUGCAAUGGAACUCGGUUGAUAAUCACAAAGUUAGCAGACCAUGUUAUUGAAGGCGAGCUUCUAACUGGGCCCAACAAAGCUGCAUCUCGCGUUAAUAAUCCAGACGGUUUGAAAAUACUUAUUGGAAAAGAUUCAAGUGCAACUACUACAUCAACCACUAAUGUUGUAUAUCAUGAAGUUUUCAAUAAUUUGUAA